AUGUCUUUGUUGGCAUCGGAGAUCGCCCAGAAACUGAACCUUCUUCCUCAUCCAGAAGGUGGCUUUUACGCUGAAACAUUCCGAGAUCACUCCGUUCAGCUUUCCACCUCUAUCCUCCCUCCCGAAUAUAAAGUUGAUCGUCCCGUUUCAACUUGCAUAUAUUUUCUUCUUCCAUCUGGUAACAUGUCUCGCCUUCAUCGUAUCCCUUGUUCCGAAACCUGGCAUCAUUACAUCGGAGAACCCAUCACCGUUGUGGAAUUGAAUGAGACAGAUUCAAGUGUUAAGUUUACAUGUCUUGGAUCUGAUCUAACUAAGGAUGAGAAACCGCAAUACACUGUUCCUCCUAAUGUCUGGUUUGGUUCUUAUCCGACCGGUGAUUUUACUGUCUCUGCGGAUGGAUCAUUUUUUAAGGGUCCAGAAAGAGAUGGUGAGAGUCAUUACGCACUUGUGGGGUGCACUUGUGCACCUGGUUUUCAGUUCCAGGAUUUUGAACUAGCUAAACGUUCAUACCUCGUUUCACGUUUUCCUCAAUUCGAGACUCUCGUCAAUACUCUCACAUUUCCUGAGUAA